AUGCUAAUUUUUGACAUGUAUCUUUCCUUUGAGUUGAUAGAACAUAAAAUUUUGAAUAAAUUAUGCGCUCGCGAUAGCGGUAGUCAACGACAUGCCGCGCGUACGCAGGGUACUUUACCCGCUCCUGUCCGACCUACGGUCUGUGCGGUUGUUUGGCCGGUACAUCCCCUCGAGAAAGGGAGGGAGUACGUAAGGGUACGACGUACAAGGAGUCCAUACCUUCGUUUGCUCCCGUUAAAUGACGCGUUCCUUUUUUUUCCUAUUCGUCGUCGCCUACCUAGCGCCCAAACGGGGAUUCACUGUUCAAAUCGGCAACACAGCAGAAGGUCGCGGGCGAACAACGAACAACACUCUGAACGAUAUGAACCGGAGAACCGUAUAAAAGGAUUGCCGAUUGCCGGAGCAUCUAUCAAACGGUGCUCUUCACUCGAACAGUGCAUACAGCAGUGUAGUAGGAAUCAUUUCCCAAAUAAAACCUCAAACCAAAACCCGUCUCCCAUCACCAUGAAGUGCGCAACGAUCAUCUGUGCCGUCGGUGUUGUCCUGGCAGCAGGCUUGCUGACCACCCAGGCCGCUCCGGAAGAGCAAGCUUCAGCAAGUGCUGCCGUUGCCGACAGUCCGGCUCUCAACACGCUCUUUGACGAACUUCCGGAGGAGACGCACCAUGCGGCGCUUGAGAACUACCGGGCCAAGCGUGCCACCUGUGAUCUGGCCAGUGGAUUCGGUGUAGGCAGCAGUCUAUGCGCUGCACACUGCAUCGCCCGUCGCUAUCGUGGCGGUUACUGCAACAGCAAGGCCGUUUGCGUGUGCCGCAACUAAGCAACAUGAAAGACCGGAAGCACGACAUCAAAUGGAAUGUGACAAAUGUUUAGCAACACCAGCGCUGUGAUGAAAAUCCUAUUUUUUUAUGUCCUCAAAGGAAAGCAAUACUAUCUGUGAGAAGCAUUCAGAAAUGUUGCAAUAAAUGUGCAGGCUUCGUAAUUGGAAA